AUGUCGUCCAAGCCUUCCGUGGUUUUCUUCGGCGCUACUGGUGGUGUGACCAACUCGGCGCUCGUCCACACGAUUCAAGCAGGCUACAAGGCCGCCGUACUCGUGCGAACACCAGCCAAACUACGACAACAACUUUCCGACCAAGCCAUCGACGAAAUGACCAUUGCCAAGAACCUCGUCCUGAACGAAGGCAAUGCGCUAGAUGUCGCUGCGGUGAAGCGCACUCUCCUCUCGGUCAACGCCGGCCGACUACCGACAUACAUCGUCAGUGGCCUAGGCGGAAGCCCCAAGCUCAACCUCAACAUGUGCCACCCCUUGCACCUGGCGACGCUGGACAACCCGGAGAUCUGCGCGACCGCCGCGAGCACCCUCGUGACGGCGCUCGAGGAGAUCUUCACCGAGCAGCCCGCACUCAAAGCCAACAAGCCGCUGUUGGUCUUUCUCUCCACAACGGGCGUCACUCGUGGCCCCGAGGAUGUACCCUUCGCGAUGCGCUUCCUCUACCACCAGACGCUCGCGAUCCCACACGCGGACAAGAAAAAGAUGGAGGACAUCUACCGCGGUGAAGUCGAGAAGCAAGAUCCUGUCUUCCGCAGUGUGGUCGGUAUUCGGCCGACGCUGUUGAGUGGCACGGUCUCCUAUACGGAUGCCAGUGGACUGCAGGGUGUGCGCUCUGGCUACGAGCACAGGCCCGCAACGGGAUACUCGAUCAAACGCGCCGAUGUCGGACACUGGAUCUUCCAGAACCUCAUCGACGAGGCGACGAGGAACCCGGAAGUAGAAGGCCAGAUGGUUUCGCUGACCAGCUAG